UUCUUUUUGUACGCCAUCGCGUGUACUUGCUCGCGUUUCUUCUUAAUAAUUUACAAGUUUAUUGAAAAAGUUAUAAAUCUCAACCGAUAUACAUAUUCAUUCCUUACCAAUGUCUAAAAGACGCAUAGAGGUCGGCGAGACGUACAAUAGCAAAAUAAAAAAGGAUGACUUGGCUUCAUCUUCAGGAGCCGGAGUAGCAAACAAUUCCGCUAACUCUUCCACAGGAGGAAUCGCCGCAAAUCGCCAGCCGGGUUUUUUGAAUCCUUAUAAUUUGAAGCCAUAUUCGCAGCGCUAUCACCAAUUGCAUAAAAAACGUCUCACCUUACCAGUAUAUGAAUAUCAAGCUGACUUUAUGCGUUUAUUAAAUCAACAUCAAUCUAUAGUGUUAGUUGGUGAGACCGGUUCCGGUAAAACAACACAAAUUCCGCAAUGGUGUGUCGAGCAUGCUUUGUCAGUAGGCGGCAAAGGUGUAGCGUGUACGCAACCGCGUCGUGUUGCUGCAAUGUCAGUAGCUCAGCGUGUUUCUGAGGAAAUGGAUGUAAAUUUGGGUGAAGAGGUAGGUUAUUCUAUACGUUUUGAGGAUUGUUCUUCGGCAAAAACCGUGUUAAAGUACAUGACCGACGGCAUGUUGUUGCGCGAAGCGAUGUCUGAUCCCAUGUUAGAGCAAUAUCAAGUUAUUCUUUUGGACGAAGCUCACGAACGUACAUUGGCCACUGAUAUUCUAAUGGGUGUUUUGAAAGAGGUUAUAAGACAAAGAUCGGAUUUGAAAUUAGUUGUUAUGUCGGCUACUUUAGAUGCGGGUAAAUUUCAACAAUAUUUUGAUAAUGCUCCAUUAAUGAACGUGCCAGGCAGAACACAUCCUGUUGAAAUUUUCUAUACGCCAGAACCGGAAAGAGAUUAUCUAGAAGCUGCCAUACGCACUGUAAUACAAAUACAUAUGUGUGAAGAUAUCGAAGGUGAUAUACUUAUGUUUCUAACCGGUCAGGAAGAAAUAGAAGAGGCUUGUAAACGUAUAAAGAGGGAAAUUGAUAAUUUAGGGUCAGAAAUUGGUGAACUAAAAUGCAUACCUUUGUAUUCCACGCUACCACCCAAUUUGCAACAACGUAUAUUCGAAGCGCCGCCGCCGCGUAAUGCUAGUGGAGCAAUAGGACGUAAAGUUGUUGUUUCCACGAAUAUAGCAGAAACUUCUCUCACCAUAGAUGGUGUAGUCUUUGUCAUUGAUCCCGGUUUUGCCAAACAAAAGGUAUAUAAUCCCCGCAUACGCGUAGAAAGUUUGCUAGUGUCUCCAAUCUCUAAAGCUUCAGCACAACAACGCGCUGGGCGUGCUGGACGCACACGUCCCGGUAAAUGUUUUCGUCUUUACACCGAGAGGGCUUAUAAGAAUGAAAUGCAAGAUAACACCUAUCCAGAAAUAUUAAGAUCAAAUUUAGGGACGGUGGUCCUACAAUUGAAAAAAUUAGGUAUUGACGAUUUAGUGCACUUUGAUUUUAUGGAUCCGCCCGCACCAGAAACACUAAUGCGUGCUCUGGAACUUCUCAACUAUUUAGCUGCUUUAGAUGAUGAUGGCAAUCUUACAGAUUUAGGUGCAGUCAUGUCGGAAUUUCCUUUGGAUCCUCAAUUAGCUAAAAUGUUAAUAGCUAGUUGCCAGCAUAAUUGUUCCAACGAAAUUUUAUCUAUCACCGCUAUGCUGUCGGUGCCUCAAUGUUUUGUGAGACCAAACGAGGCCAAAAAAGCAGCCGACGAAGCAAAAAUGCGUUUCGCUCACGUCGAUGGAGAUCAUUUAACUUUACUGAAUGUCUAUCACGCCUUUAAGCAAAGUAGCGAAGAUCCUAAUUGGUGCUACGAGAAUUUCAUUAACUUUCGAUCCUUAAAAUCGGCUGAUAAUGUACGCGAACAAUUAGCUCGAAUAAUGGAUCGUUUCAAUCUAAAACGUAGCAGCACAGAAUUUACUUCCAAGGACUACUAUGUUAAUAUACGUAAAGCUCUGGUUCAGGGCUUUUUCAUGCAAGUCGCCCAUUUGGAACGCACUGGUCAUUAUCUAACAAUUAAGGAUAACCAAAUUGUGCAGUUGCAUCCUUCCACCUGUUUGGAUCAUAAACCCGAUUGGGUUAUAUAUAAUGAAUUCGUUUUGACCACCAAAAAUUAUAUACGUACCGUAACCGAUGUUAAACCGGAAUGGCUACUUACCUUAGCUCCGCAAUACUAUGAUAUGAAUAAUUUCCCACAGUGUGAGGCUAAAAGACAACUGGAGAUGUUACAACAACGUUUAGAAUCUAAACAAUAUCAGAAAGGCUUUUAAAGUAUCUCUUUUUUUUUUCAAUAUUUCCCCUUUUUUUCUUUUCCAUUUACAUU